GGAGGCUAUUCAGAACGUUCCUGAACCUAGUCAAGGUGACCUUCCUGGCCUUCAAGGCAUUCCAGUGGAGGUUCGGGAUAUGGCAUCAAAAAUAGGCUUCGAAAUCGGCAGUAGGCCGUUCCAGCUGUUCUACACAGUAUAUGAGAAAUGGAAGUCGGAUUUCAAGCCUGCUUUUAACAGUCCAGGAUCAGCCAAGGCUACCAUGGACAUGUUCAGCACCCUCUACGAAAUGGGCUUCAGGGAGAGAGACCUUCUUGACCAGCAGCAGGUCAACAGGGUGAGCCUCAAAACGUUCAAGGAGAGUGUCAAGCCCAAGAUGGUACACAUGGUGCCACCAAACUUCAUCAAUGGGCUUGAGGCAGCCUUUGAGGCGGUUGCCAACCCAAACCCCCGGAAGAGGAAGAACAGCUGGGAUAGCCAAGAAGGAGAUGGGGACGACGGUGAACGUGAUGGCACCAAGGAUGCAUCAGGAAGUGGGACUUCACAGGGUGUGCAGCGUGCCAAGAGGUACAUCCUGGAGAAGUUGUACAAGUUCUUCGAUCCAGUCCUGAAGGACUUCAAUUCAGCAUCCAAGAUCUACUUGGAAGUGACCGAAAAGGAGAUUGAGGACUUCAUGGUUACGCUGGAUGCUNUGAGAUUCAACUCCUUUGGAGCUGACGAAGAGGAGUUUGAGAAGUACCAGUCUUCACAGUCGCACCUGGAAUACUUGCAGAAGAGCUUAGGGCCUCUAAACAAUGAAGAUGACAAGUUCGUCUUCAUUGUCGAGGGCAAGGACAGUCCUGUGCUCUUAGCUGGCGGUGUGGUCUUUGGCAGUCUUGUAAGUUAA